AUGCCUAAACGCGCCGGGAAGAACGAACGAAGCCAUCAGAAGCAGCGUGAUGCACCGAGCCGCCCCGGAAGGCGAGCCGCUGCGAGCCUCGCAGACGGAAACAGCGAUGCUGGGCUGCCCUUUCCCCCCAACCCGUGGCAGCCAACCCCAGGCUUGCCGACGAUAGAGGACACUCCGGAAGUGACGCAACAACCGUCGGCACAGGACCAGGUAGAGGGCCCAGGGCAGGGGCUCGUCGCAGACGGACCAGCACAGACCGACGAGCAAGACGACACGCGAACGGGGGCUAACACCGCGGAGAACGCCGUCGCGGUGGAAAGCGCGGUACAGAACGCGGACGCUCCCGAAACAAACGGAGAGACCACCUCGACGCCAGCACCGGGACGUCACCAGAAAAACGGCCAGCUGGCGUCACUCGGGGUCGAAGCCAUAACGACGCAGGAGCCCAUGCCCGCCUCGCCGGCCGUAAGCUCGCAGCGUUUGGUGAGCGAAACGAGGAAGCGCAGGCGUGUGUCGGAGGACGUCGGGAACGACGGCGAACCACUAGUCACCAACGUUCGCCAGGAUCCCGGAAGACAACUUACUGCGGCGCGUACACCGGCGAUGGGUGCCUUCGUUGUUGGACCGCUGGCCGAUUACGGCCUUGGAGCCUGGGGCCACCUCCCCGACUAUGGCACCGGUUGCAACAUCGAAGACAGUGGCGUCAGCUACGCCGACGAUGAGGAACUGCGUGACGAGAUGGCCGUCGACCACGAACCCGCCAAUGACGACGGCAUCGUCAUCGGUCACUUCGACGAAGAUGUCCAGGCGAUGGCCCGGAGCGCAGCGCGUCCCGGCCCCCAGCUCGGAUUUGGGGCCAGCCCGUACUGGGCAAAGGAUCUGAACGUGAACGUGGCGUCGUCAACGUCCGCGCAUACACGCGCUCCCUCGCCAGAGCGAAUCGAGCGUACCGAGGCUCCGAAUGGCCACCAGCGUGCGCCCACGCCCGCUUUGAUCACGUUCGACGGAGCCCCGCCCUCAGCUCCGAUCAGGAUCAUUACCAAACCACGAGCGGAGCGCGGCAACGACAUCUUUGACAUGGACGUCCAGCUUGACCCACCCAUGCCUCGCCGCCGUCUCGAGAGUCGCUUGCAGUCGCGCAGCAGCUCACCCGACAACUUCCAGCAACGUGUCGAGGGCCCGCGCGCUGGCCCAUCCUUGCACUCCCGGCACUCCACGAUGCGCCCCCAGAGCCCGGCCUACGCGGCGUCGCAGACUCCGGAAACGUUUGCGCUGAUCGAAAUCCCGAACGGUGCGACGAAGCGCCCGGACGACGACUGGCCGCCGGUUGAGGGGGCCGACGCGUUCUCGAAGGCGGAAGGUAUGUCGCCUAAGCAACAUCAGACCUGGGCGCAAAUCGGGAAGAACGAACCCGCCCUGCUUCUCUUCAUCCCGCGAUGCGGCUCGGAUGAACCUGGGACGGAGCUACGUAUAUCGUCCAUGCACGGGAUCCUCGAGAACUACGUCGAGUUCGAGGACAACGAUACCGAUACCGGCACCAUCAUGGCGGCAUGCGCUCACAGACCAACCGGACAGCGUAACCAAGCUCCUCGUUAUUUCCUCAUGCAUAACAUCACGUACGGUCUGCGCGACUACCUCCUCGCCCUCAAAUGGCUCUCGACGCGCGAGGGCACCUUUGGCUUCGUCACCCUUGACGCAAACAACCCGUACUACGCCGGCUCGUGGCGCCAGCCCAACCGUCUCGGCGCCCGCAAGCGCAACAACGAAGGCUAUACCGCGGUCUUCCACCGCGAGCUCCGGAAGCCGGCCCUCCGAGUCCCGAUCUCGGGCAUCUUUGCGACGGACAUCGCUAAGAGUGGCAAGUGGCAGUUUUUCACCGUCGAUAGCGCAUACGAGGAGAUGCUCAGGACGAUGAAAGUGAAGCACCUAGCAAACAUCACGAACGGCGAGCCAGACCCUAUCGUCCGUCUGUUCAUCGAGGCUCCGACGGCGGACCCAGCGGAAUGGGAGAAGUUCCGCAAAAUCCUGCACGCGCACGACUUCGGAACCCCUGCGACUGGGAAGCCCGAGCCCUUCACAGGCAAACUAUGGUGCGCUUACUGUCACUCCGUGGAUCAUCCCGUCGGCCUGUGCGAUUUGCUAAAAGUCGAGGGCUGGCACGACGUGAUCCCCGGCUCUGUCGCGAUAGCGGACCAGAACGGCGGACAAAAGAAGGCCAACCGAGAUGCGGAUCGCGGACGCCAGGAGAAGCGCGGAAACGGACGCGACAAGGGUAAAGGCAAGGCCGUAAACCGCAAGUAG